AUGUGUGGUGAAAGAUGUGCAUUUUUAUUUGGUGGUGUGGCUUCAAAGGAUAAGGCGGUCGUUGUGGGAUCAUUUUGGAAUAAUUUACGGAGAUGCGAAAGUAUGCUCAAGCAGAAGUCUAGAUUGAGGUCGUGUAGGGAAUAUGAUCUUAACACAAGGUUCUUUCAUAACAUAAUCAAAGCGAGAACAAGGAGCCAUUACAUUGGUGGGGUGGAUUCAGUACAUGGUAGGGUGACUGAUGUUGCAGGAGUGAAGGAAGAGGUGAGGAGAUUUUUUGAGGAAAAAUAUAGGGAAAUUAAUCUUCGAAGACCAAGGCUAGAUGGUUUACAGUUUGAAGGGUUAAGUCAAUUAGAAGCUGCAAACCUGAAGGAACCGUUUUCAGUGGAAGAAAUUAGGGACGUGGUUUGGGAGUUCGAUGGCAACAAAUGCCCAGGCCUAGAUGGUUAUAAUUUCAUCUUCGUUUGUAUGUGCUGGAAUUCAUUGGAAGGUGAUAUCUAUAAGUUCGUGGAAGAAUUUCAUGCAAAGGCGAAUCUACCAAAAGCAGUGUCAACGUCGUUUAUUGCUUUGAUUCCCAAAGUAUAUAAUCCGCAAUUGUUAGGGGAAUAA